UUAUUUCAUUUGAUUCUCACAACAACUCUGAAAGUUUCAAAGGAAGGAUCAUAUUUGCUACAGAAGGAGCUGAUGAAGAUCAAUUUGCCAAUGCACCUGGGGAUAGGGAAGUAUGAAUUCGUCAGAAUGGCGAUCACUAAGUUACUGUUGCCCCGAUCCCAAAUUUUUGCGAUGCCUGAAGGCCCUAAAUUGUUCCUCUCUGAUGUUUUGAUCCACAUCAAUGGAAAGUGGAGUGAUGAUAAGAACAAUAAAGAACAUAUUCCUUUUGACCUGAGGCUGGAUGGUAUGACCGUCACAGUCACCUUUUAUCUGGGAAAGAAUGAUAAAAGCCAUAUUACUAUUUCUGUGGCAAGUUGCAACAUCCACAUCGAUCAUGUUAAUAUAUUCAGCUCAAUCAACCAAAGUCAACGACUUUCCCUUUCAGACCUUGUGUAA